CUUUCCCCCUCCCAGUGACAGGACGCGGAGCCGAUCGUUCGGCCGAGGACGAGCCUGUGACCGAUGAGCUGUCUGUGCCGGGAGAGAGGUCCUCGCCCCUAGCCAGUCACUUCCAGCUCGCAGCUCCGGGCUCCCGCUGCGUGGCGGCUCGUGGUAAGGAUUCGGAAGGUACUACCUCUUCCAAGGUACUACUGCUCCUUUCCCAUCUUCACAGCUUGUGGACAGGAUGGAAAGACAUGGGUUAGUAAAGUUAGUUGUAUCUACCAAAGGAGCAUCUGAGAGACCAGGUGAUGGCAGAUGAGUUUCUUCCACCCAGGUCUCAGGGCCGAACACUGGGAUUAUCUCAAGGCUGCCGCAGGAACAUGUUUCAGGCAUCUAUGAUGUUUGAAGAUGUGGCUGUGUAUCUUACCCGAGAAGAGUGGAGUCACCUGGGUCCUGCUCAGAGAAACCUUUACAGGGAUGUGAUGCUGGAGAAUUAUGGGAAUGUGGUCUCUCUGGGAUUUCCAGUAUCCAAACCAAAUGUGAUCUCCCAGCUAGAAAGAGGGGAAGAGCCAUGGAUCCUAGACUUUCAGGAAGCUGAAGGGAGAGAAAUGCUGAGAGGCGACUGUUCAGAUUGUGAAUCAAGGAUUGAGGAAAAUGAGCUAUCUCCAAAGCAGGAAAUUGCUGAAGAGGUGGAACCACAAUGGGCAAUACUGGAAAGACUCACAGGGAAUGUUUCCCAAGGAUCCAAAUGGGGAGAAGUCUGUGAAUAUGAAGGAAGACCAAAGGAAAAUUGGGGAUCUUCUGUAAGGAGGAAACUCCUUUCUCAUGAGGGAGGUUUCAGGACAGUUCCAGUGAUCCACCAGUUAUCUCCAAUAGGAAUGAGAGGCCAAGAAUUUAAUGACUUUGGAAAAAACUUCAGGAUGACUUCUAAUUCUGUUCGAAUUCAGAGAGAUCCUUCAGGAGGGAGACUACAGCAAUGGGUUGAAAUGGGCCAAAGAUUCAAACAAAAUUCAGAUUUAAAUAACUAUCAGAAAGACUAUGCAAAAGAGAAAUCCUGUGAUAAUUCUGUAUAUUGGAAACAAUUUGGACAGAGCUCAAAUCUUAUUGAACAUCAAAAAAUUCACUCUAGAGAGGAAACUUAUGAGUGUAAUGAAUAUGGAAAACAUUUUAUCAGAAGGUCUUUGCUUAUACAACAUCAGGGAAUUCAUACAGGAGCAAAAACAUAUAAGUGUAGUGAAUGUGGAAAUACCUAUAGUAAAAAGUCUCUUCUUAAUGAUCAUCAAAAAAUUCACAAUGCAGGGAAACACUACCAGUGCAAUGUAUGUGGAAAAGCCUACAAUAAGAAGUCUACAUUUGUUGAUCAUCAAAAAAUUCACACUGGAGAAAAGCCCUAUGAGUGUAGUGAAUGUCAUAAAUGCUUUAUCAGAAAAUCUUUGCUUAUUCGACAUCAGAGAAUUCACACAGGAGAGAAACCUUAUGAAUGUACUGAAUGUGGGAAAGCCUGCAGUCAAAAAUCUGCCCUUCUUGAUCAUCAAAGGCUUCACACAGGUGAAAAACCCUAUGAGUGCAGUGAAUGUGGUAAGCACUAUAUCAGAAAGGCCUUGCUUAUUGAACACCAGAGAAUUCAUACAGGAGAAAAACCCUAUAAAUGUAAUGAAUGUGGGAAAGCCUAUAGAAAGAAAUCUACUCUUGUGGAUCACCAGAGACUUCAUACUGGAGAGCGGUCCUAUGAAUGUAAUGAAUGUGGCAAAAUCUUUACCCAAAGCCUAAAUUUCAUUCAGCACCAGAGAAUUCACACAGGAGAGAAACCCUAUCAAUGUAGUGAUUGUGGAAAACCAUUUAGUCAUAGAUCUGCUCUUAUUCAACAUCAGAGAAUUCAUACUGGAGAGAAACCUUAUGAGUGUAAUGAAUGUGGUAAAGCCUACUGGAGGAAGUCUACCCUUAUUGAUCAUCAAAGACUUCAUACUGGAGAGAUACCUUAUAAAUGUAGUACAUGUGGGAAGGCUUUCAGACACAGGCCAUCUUUUAUUGAACAUCAGAAGUUACAUAAUGGAGGCAAACACCAUGAAUGUAAUGAGUGCAAAAAACAAUUCAGUACACGGGCAUCCCUUAUUCAACAUCAGAGACUUCAUACUGGAGAAAAACCUCAUGAAUGUAAUGAAUGUGGAAAAGCUUUCAGUCAGAAGUCUACACUUAUUGAUCACCAGAGACGUCACAGUGGGGAGAAACCUUAUGAAUGUAGUGAAUGUGGCAAGUGCUUUAUCAGAAGAGCUUUCCUUAUUCAGCACCAGAGAGUACACACAGGAGAGAAACCAUAUGAGUGUAAAGAAUGUGGAAAAGCUUAUAGAAAGAAGUCUACUCUUACUAGUCACCAGAAAAUUCACAUUGAAAAGAAACAAGAGUUAAUUAAUAUUGAAAAGCCCUCAGUCUUGAAGCCUGCCCUUAUUGAUCAGCAGUGACUUCAUAUUUGCGAGAAGUCCCAAGAAUUUAACAACGUAAAUGGUUUAUUCAAAGGACUUAGCUUAUUCAUCAGAGAAUUUAUGUAAAAAAUCUUACAAAAACAACUAAUGUAGUAAAUGCUUAUAAAUGUUUGCUUAUUCAGCAUCAUAGAAUUCACACUGGAGAGAAUUCUUAUGAUCAUGGGAUGUGAGAAAAUGUUCAAUCAGAAUUUUCAGCUUCAUUAGACAUAAAAUAAUUCUCACAGGAGAGACAUCUAGCAUAUGAGAGAAGCCCAAAAUAUAUAUAUUUGUAUGGCGAGAAAUCCUUAAGUGAAUCUUCAAACUCUCAUCAAUUGUUAAAAAUUCAGAAUGGAGAGAACCAUUUGAGGGUAGUGAAUGUGCAAGGCUUAAAAACCUUCAGUCAGAAACCUUCCCUUGUUUCAACAUCAUAGAAAUCCUACUGGAAAGGAAUAUUCUUAUGAAUGCUGUGAAGGCUUUCAGGUCCAAGCUAUCCUUCAACACCAGACAGUACAGACUUUCAUAGAUUUGUGGUUAAUUCUGCUCUUUCAGACUAACACUUUCAUACCUUCUCAUUUAUGUUCUUUCAUAAGUCUUCCAAAGAAUAGUCAUUCACUGUAUUGGAGGUUUUCCUAUGAUUCUUUUUUAUCUUCAAGAUACUAAAUGUACCACUCAGUG